CAGCACGCUCCAAAGUACGGGGAUUGCCUUGCCUGACAGUUGGAAAAGAUUGCUGUUGUGAUUUUAGUCAAGACAGCGGUGGUCUUGAUUCAGUACUGAGAAACCGACAUAGGCUUCGUCGAUAUCAGUCAGAUACAUGUGCAAAUUAACAGAAGAUGCUGAACCAAGAUAACAAUUUCAAAAAGGACUUUCAAGCUCCAGAUUAAGACUUUUCGUUGCCCGGGGUUUACGUGCAAUUUCUAUACAUCGACUCUUAGUAGGCCUACUGUCCGUUUGAUUCCUGCGCAAACAUGGCGUUUUUAAUAAAGAAGAAAAAGUUCAAAUUUCAGACUAAUUUUACGCUCGAAGAGUUGACAGCGGUACCCUUUGUCAACGGGAUGCUCUUCUGUAAAAUCAGACUGCUGGACGGUGGAGAUUUUGCCAUUUCAUCAUCCAGACAAGAGGUCCAGGAGAACUGUGUUCGCUGGCGAAAGAAGUUCUCCUUUGUGUGCAAGAUGAGCGCAAGCCCCACCACAGGUGUUCUGGACCCCUGCAUAUGUAGAGUGUCUGUGCGUAAGGAGCUCAAAGGAGGAAAGACAUUUUCAAAGCUGGGCUUUGCCGAUCUCAACAUGGCGGAGUUUGCUGGUUCAGGCUCCACCGUGCGUUGCUGCAUCCUCGAGGGCUACGACACCAAGAACACGCGACAGGACAACUCCAUACUCAAGGUUACCAUUGGGAUGACUCUGUUGUCUGGAGACCCUUGCUUUAAAACACCCCUCAGCACAGCCAAAACCAUCACCAUCGCUGGACAGGACCCCUCCCUGCAGCUGGACUGUAAAGGAGAGGGCACCGAUGCCACUCCGUCUCUUCCUCCUGGCAUCUCCGCAGGACGAGCUCUCAAACCCAGGCCCUCUGCCAUCAGCACCGGUCUACCAGAGGAGCUGGACCAGAACAUGUCCAGCCCAGAUGAAGUGUUCCACACGGGGCACUCCAGAAACUCCAGCUAUGCCAGCCAGCAGAGCAAAGUGUCAGGCUACAGCACGGAGCACUCGCGCUCCUCCAGCCUCACUGACCUCACGUCGCACCGCCGCAACACCUCCACCAGCAGCAGCGCCUCCGGGAGCGUCGCCACGCCUACCGAAGGUGCGGCCGAGUCCGAGAAGGAGCCGCCCACCCGCCCUGAGAGACCUCCACGCCCCCCACUUCCUGUCCUGCUCUCCAACAGGCCGUCCAGACGUAAGAAGGACUCUAUGGAGAGUCAUCCCACCUGGGUGGACGACACGCGCAUUGAUGCCGACGACAUCGUGGAGAAGAUCGUUCAGAGCCAGAACUUUGCUGACGUUAGCAACAACGAAGACAGCAAUCUGAGGCUGUUUGUCAGCAGAGACGGCACCACAGCCCUCAGUGGCAUCCAGCUGGGGAACAGGGCGACGGCAGGAGUCUUUGAGCCGGUGGUGAUCGAGAGUCAUUAAAAGGAACAGACUUCCUCGCCUACCGAUUCCCAUCUCUCUCUUUUCUCUUCCUCUGUCGUCUUUCAUCCCUCCAUCCGAUGACCGCUAAAAGGAAAGAGGAGGGAGGGAAGCAGGCGUUGAGACCUCUGGUUCGCCAUCCUCUCUGUUUGUCAUACAUUGAGAGUGGACGAUCGUAGUACAAAUCACGCAAAUCUUGUGUGUACAUGUUUGAUGUGUACUGCUAUCUGAGUUGUUUGUCCUAUAAAUUGUAGGUUGCACCCUAUACAUCAUACUGCAAAACUAUUAAGCACCUGAGGUGUACUGGGUUGUGUUAUUACAUGAUUAUAUGAUACAGAGUUAAUUGAUCUAAAACCUCUAUUUAUAAAUGCUUUAGAACCUGAUCUAAGUGCAAGUGUACUUGAUGUGCCACAAACUGUGGCAUUAUGGGAAAUGUAGUGCAACACUGUGAAGGGCUGGCCCAGGCAUGUUGUAUGGAUGUCAUGUAUGUACUACAUGUCAAUCCAAAAUGUACUUUACUGGUAGAAGUAGUUAAUCCAGUGGUUUCAACCUGUGGUUUUCUUUGUUUCUCUUUGCUCUGCUACAUUUGAACUGUUUUAUUUGCUCUUUUUUCAUCAAUUUUGUUUUUCAUCUGCUUUUUUGAUUGGCUGCUCUCUUAAAGGUAGCCACACAAAUAUGUUACAACCCCUUAAAGGAGGCAAACAGAUCCUUUUUCCUCAUAUUUCAUACUGGGUUUUAAUCACAGCACCAAAUUAAAAAUCGAAUUCCUUUUCCGACAUAACUGAGGAUAACACUAAUUCUUAGCCAAGCCAGAUCACUGAAAAUGAACAUGUUUUAGCAGUUGGUAUUGGUGACUGGGAGGUGCAGCAGGCUAAUACUGUGCGGUUCUGUGUGGCUGGCCAUACAAAGAACCAUAGGACGGGUUCUAGUGGAAUUAUGACUGUAGUCACCUCUGAGUGUGGCUGGUGACUGGAUAUUAGUCUUGAUUUCCUAAUUCAGACAGGACUGUGUGUGUGUGUGUGUGUGUGUGUGUGUGUGUGUGUGUGUGUGUAUGUGUGUGUGUGUCAUGCGCUUGUGUUCUGCUUCCACUGGCUGGUCUGGUGACAACAGGAUUCUGUUUUUUUCUGUUGCCUUGGUUCUUUGUUUAUUUUUUGCUUGCCUUAGCUUUUGGUUAAAGUGUGAUUUGUGGUCUCACUGUGUGUGUGUGUGUUUGUGUGUGUGUGUGUGUGUGUGAGUGUGUUUGAGCUGCUACGCUACUUCUCUGAGCUCUGAACUCCCAGAGUGAAAUUAAAUGCAGUGAUCAAAGCCUUUCCUUUGGUAAUGCGCAGACUGCUUGGGCUUCAGUUGGGCUAAAUGUCCCUAACAUCUGUUUGGCGCAUGGGAUGCGAGCGGUGCAUCAUGGGUAGGAUGAGAUCAGGGCUGAUGAGUCAGAGUCACGAUCUUCAUUUUGGCAAGAGGCCUCAGUUUUCCACCAAGCACCUGGAGCGCACCAGGAAACAAUGGCCUUUUCUGACAGGAUGCGCCUCCUGUACCUCCUUGUUGAAAAAGUGUGUGUGUGUGUGUGUGUGUGUGUGUGUGUGUGUGUGUGUGUGUGAGUGACUGUAUUUGUACGUUUUGACAGAUCGAACAGAAACCUCUAUUCUCUAUGGGUUUCCAAUUACUUCAUGCAUGGCAAAAAUCUCGCUCUUAGUUGACCUGAGAGUGCAGAGAAAGUGUGCAAAACUGACUGUAAUAUGUUGGUGGCCAGGGCUCUUCUAACAUUAUGUCUGUGCAAUAAGGGAUUCGAUUGACACCAUUGUGUUGGUGCACUGUUCUGAAUUGUUUGUUCAUUUUACUCAUCCUCAACAAUUCAGCAUGACUGUGGUAUCAUUAUACGAAUGUAUACUAGAGUUAGAAUUACCACAUAAAAGAGCAGCAUUUUAUAUCAUUAUUUACACUCGUGGUUUAUGUAGUUUUGCCUAAUGGACAGUUGAAUGGGCAAAUUAUGUCGAGGUUUAUUUUUACAUCUACUCCGAAACUCACAAGGCUUACUCAAAAUAACAGUGCACAUAUUAUUUGUCUGUAAAAUAUACCUCUACGACUGAAAAAGAAAAUAACAUGCAUGAUGAUGACACCGACCUAAAACACACCCAGUCAUCUGCAGAUAAUCUGUUUGUGUGUCUGUAGAAAUAACUACCAGAUUCACUGGCCGUAAUCUUGAAAAAUCCAAUAGGGAAUGUGAGUGGAUUUGUGUGUUGAAAGGAACUUUGACUAACUUUUGUCUUUUUCUUCUCUACAUCUGCCCGUACUGAUUUAAAUGGACCAUUCCUUUAGCCAUAUGGUGUUUUUUACUAAACGGUAACACUUUUGGUGUUUUCAAACCAGCUGGCUGGUUUAACAUUUUCAUUCUGUGACCCCCUUAUCAGUGAAGCUCAACAGAGAUCCAUUGUUUUCUGUGGUAAAAUAUGAACUUUUUACAGAUUAAAUGCUUUAUGUAUUCAUGUCUUUAUAACAGGCAGUUGGUGGCGUCUGGUUCUGUGCUUCUGUUUUGUAUAAGAGGGACUCUUUUGUGGUGUUUUCCUUCAUACUUGACUAUAAUCUGUGAUUUUUAACAUCUGAAAAUAAUAUACUUUUUAAUUAAUGUGAGUUGCUGUUGUUUAGAAUUAAGUUCAAAGAUCUGUUCUACAAAUUAAAGGUGAAAAGUUGAAAUGGAUAUAUUGGUUUUGGCAGAUCGUAACAGCAUGUCUGCCGUUACAAAGUCUCCCAUGAAGCACAUCUUCAUCCAAUUCUAUGCAGCACAUUCUAGCUGCUCCAGUCUCUCAAUGUAUUUACAAAAAGUUAUUAUUUACAAUUUCCACAUGAAGUCACAUGCUUCAGAGAGACUCUGAAGAGAUAAUUGAAUGCUGAACAUUGUACAGAGGUUUGUGGACAAACCUGUGGUCAAAUCUACCGGUGUUUGCCUGCCGUAAUCUCCAAAGGGAUCUCCAUAGAUCUUCCUUGGUCUUGAACCACGGGUUGAGUAUUGUUCAAGACAACAGCACUUAAAUUGUGAGAAUUAACUCAAUUGAAAAUGACUUAAUUUUUAACACCAAUUAUUUGUCAUGUUCUCAUCUCCUCUGUCGUAAUAAGGCAAUUGAAGCUAUGCAAAGUCAAAGACUCCCCCACUCAAGGUUGUUUGACCUAGUCGACUAUGUAAAACUGACCUAACAAGAGUUACACCUAAGUUCAGUAUGUCUGGAUAUAACAAUAUGAUCAGAUUAUUUCAUAAAACAAGAUAUCUAUUUUUUAGAAUGACAACAAAGAUGUAUUUAUUAUACCUACACAAAUACAGAUAAAAUAUAAUACACAGAUUCUAAUACACAUGUCUCCAAAGUCAAUUUGAAAGCUCUUGAUUUGUCACACUAAGGCUUUAUUUGAACUGGUGGUUUGCAUGUGGAGGAGCACUGUGAUAUGGAUUUGAGCUAUAUUUCUAUUCUAGAAGUUGAAUGUUUCCUAUUAAAGAUUGUAAAUGUCUAUUGAAAAGUGUAAAUGUAAUAUUUUGGGGAAAUAAAGUUAUUGAUGGGCAUCAUGAA